UCAGCUGAACUGCCUAUUCAUCUUCAAGCCAUCAUGAGCUCUAAGAAACGCAGGUCACAGAAAGUCUCAUUCAAUGCAAGGAAUAAUAUGAAAAUUGAGCACUAUUUUCCUCAGGUCAAUAAAGAACAAGAGAAUAAUCCCAGUACUCCUCAAAUGAAGACGGGCUCCAGAAAAGGCCCAAAUGAUAUAACUAAUACCCAGGCUCAAGGACCCAAAGACCAGGCUAUAUCCCAAGAUAAAGUACUUUACAUUACCUUGCGUGUACACCACAGGAAAAACAAAAAAAGGAAACACAGACUCACACAUAAUGAGAGGGCUAGCUUAUCCAUGGCACUUGACACGCUUCAGGCUGUCAAAGAAGAGAGAGAACGACAGCAAGGCAAAGAAAUGCUGGUGCAGGGCAUAGAAGGAAUUGAAGGCUACAUAAACCUUGGAAUGCCCCUCAGUUGUUUUCCUGAAAAAUGCCACCUGGAAAUUACAUUUGCCCAGAGUAAAAGUGAGCAGAAAAAAGGGAACCAGAUAUUUGGCCGGCAUGACAAGGCAUCUACUGACUGUGUCAAAUUUUUUAUCCACGCAAUUGGUAAGAAGAUAAAAAAGAUUGUCAAAUGCGGGGAACUUCACAAAGAAGGGUGCAAACUCUGUGUCUAUGCUUUCAAAGGAGAAACCGUCAAGGAUGCUGUGUGCAAGGACAGCAGAUUUCUUUCCUUUCUGGAGAACGCUGAUUGGAAACUCGUUGAAAACCUGGACUCCAUUGUAGAAAGCACACAGCGAGUUGAUGACUUAGAGGGCAAGCUCUUUCAGGUUGAGGUUGAGAAAAAGGAGGGCUCUAAGGUAGCAGCCACUCAGAAUUUUGAUUUGGCAGCCACUCAGAAUUUUGAUUCGGCAGACUCUCAGAAUUCGGAGUUGGAGGAAAGAAACACCUGUGUGUUAAAAGAAGAAAUUGUGGCCCAGUAUCCUAGUUUGAAAAGAGAAACUGAAAAAAUUAGAAAAAGCUUCAAAAGGAAAUUGAAAACAAGAAAGGGGGAAACAAUAUUUCGUGCACAUAAAACAAACUUUGGGAAACAGACAAAAAACUCUAUCCCGGUUAAAAUGCUCAAACUUCUUUCUCGUCUUUGUGACUCAGUUGGGCACAUAGAAUGGGACAACAAUGGGAACACGGGUUGUGCCACCUGCUUUGUUUUUACAGGGUUGUUCAUUUUUACUUGUCGGCAUGUAAUAAAUUACAUUGUGGGAGAUGAAAUAGAGCCAAGUAAGUGGGCAGACAUAAUUGGUCAAUGUGCAAGGGUGACAUUUGGUUACGAAGACAGAGAAGAAAAAAAUAACUAUUUUUCCAUUGAACCUUGGUUUGAGAUUUCUGGUGUAACUCUUGAUUAUGCUGUUCUGAAAUUGAAAGAAGAUGAACAACAAGUACCUGUUGGACUAUACAAUGGAAUUGGUCCUGCUCCACUUAGUGGGUUGAUAUAUAUUAUUGGUCAUCCAGGAUGGGAGAUAAAGUCUACUGAUGCUUGUGUUAUAAUCCCUCAGUGUCAGCGAGUACAGAAAUAUCGGGAACAUCUUCAGGCUAAGGGUUAUAAUGAAGACAUGCAGUAUAUCCAUAUGUACACUCAAAGAAGUUUCCAGGACAUUGUUCCCAGACCUGAUGUGAUUACCUAUGACACCACUUUUUACUUUGGGUCUUCUGGCUCACCAGUGUUUGAUUCAAAAGGUUCAUUGGUAGCCAUGCAUACUGCUGGCUUCCGUAAUCACUACCAAAGUGAAUUUUCCAGUAUCAUUGAGUUUGGCUCUAUUAUGGAAUACAUCCUCCAUGAUAUUAAACAAAAUUAUGGAACAUGGUAUGAAGAAUUAUGCAUAACUCAGCAGGAUGUAGAAAUGGUGAGUGGUGAAGAGGGAGAACAGUGA